AUGAACCGCUAUACCACCAUGAGACUGCUGGGGGACGGCACCUUCGGCAGCGUGCUCAUGGGCAAGAGCAAGGAAUCUGGAGAACUGGUGGCCAUCAAGAGGUGAGGGCAUGGGUGAGGGGGCUGUGAGUGUGUGUGGGGGGGGGGGGGGUGGGGGGGGGGGGGGGACUGUGGGGUGGUGGGGACUGUGGGGUGGUGGGUGGGGACUGUGGGGGUGGUGGUGGAGGUGUGGGGUGUGGCUGUGGGGGGUGGUGGGACUGGUUGGGGGUGGUUGGGGGCUGUGGUGUGGGUGGUGUGGGACUGUGGGGGUGGUGUUGGGACUGUGGGGUGUGGGUGUGGGGGUGGUGGGACUUGUGGGUGUGGUGUGGGACUGUGGGGGUGGGAUGUGGGUGUGUGAUUGGGUGGUGUGGAUGUGUGGGUGUGGGUGUGGUUGGGUGGUGGGGACUGUGGGGGUGGUGUGGGACUGUGGGGUUGUGGAGGAUUGUGGGACUGUGGGGUGGUGGGGACUGUGGGGGGUGGUGGGGACUGUGGGGGUGGUGGAGGAUUGUGGGACUGUGGGGUGGUGGGGGACUGUGGGGGUGGUGUGGGACUGUGGGGGUGGUGGGGGACUGUGGGGGUGGUGGGGGUGGUGGGGGACUGUGGGGGUGGUGGUGGUGGACUGUGGGGUGGUGGACUGUGGGGGUGGUGUGGGACUGUGGGGGUGGUGGGGGAUUGUGGGGGUGGUGGGGGACUGUGGGGGUGGUGGAGUCUGUUUGCGUCUCGACAUGGUGUUGUCUUAUUGUUCUUUUACGGUGACUUAAACCCUGUUAGACCAGAGCCACCAUGGUAAUCUGCCCUGAGUGAUAUCUUCGCGUCAGACCUUGUGGAGAAAGACUGUCUGCAAAGAUUCUAGAUGCAAAAUAUAGCCUAGCUAAUAAUAAUAUGGUAAUGUGGUUAUGUAUAUUAUGUAUAUUAUGUUAUGUAUAUUAUGUUAUGUAUAUUAUGUAUACCCUACCUCUUUAAGGAAUACCUGGGAUAGUAUAAAAGUAAUCAUUCUACCGCCCCCCUACCCCACCCCCACAAAAUAAAUAAAAAUUCAAAUAAACAAACAAAGAAAAUAACAAAAAUAAGGAUACAAAAUUUACAAAAUUAAAUAAAUAAAAUAAGAAACAAUAUAUAUAUAAAACAACUGAACAUUAAAAAUAUACUCUACAAAUAAAAAAUUUGAAAAAUAAAUAAAUUGUAAAGUGGCGCAGUGGUCUAAGGCACUGCAUCGCAGUGCUAGCUGUGCCACUAGAGAUCCUGGUUCGAAUCCAGGCUCUGUUGUAGCCGGCUGCGACCGGGAGACCCAUGGGGAGGCGCACAAUUGGGCCAGGGUAGGGGAGGGAAUGGCCGGCAGGGAUGUAGCUCAGUUGGUAGAGCAUGGCGUUUGCAACGCCAGGGUUGUGGGUUCGAUUCCCACCUGGGGGCCAGUAUGAAAUUUAAAAAAUAUAUAAUGUAUGCACUCAUUAACUGUAAGUCGCUCUGGAUAAGAGCGUCGGCUAAAAUGUAAAUGUAAUGUAUAUUAAGGCUGCCUUGGUAAGUUCUCGUGUAUGUUCCAUACUUUCAAUACUUUUAUAAAAACUAUUGGUCGCCAAAUCCGGAGAAAUUAUGGACCAUGUAAAGAACUGUUGGUCACUAAAUCCGGCUAGAAGGACCACGUAAAAAACGGUUGGCUGGUACGCCCUCACCCGUCUGAGCGGUUGGCUGGUACGCCCUCACCUGUCUGAGCGGUUGGCUGGUACGCCCUCACCUGUCUGAGCGGUUGGCUGGUACGCCCUCACCUGUCUGAGCGGUUGGCUGGUACGCCCUCACCUGUCUGAGUGGUUGGCUGGUACGCCCUCACCUGUCUGAGCGGUUGGCUGGUACGCCCUCACCUGUCUGAGCGGUUGGCUGGUACGCCCUCACCCGUCUGAGCGGUUGGCUGGUACGCCCUCACCUGUCUGAGCGGUUGGCUGGUACGCCCUCACCUGUCUGAGCGGUUGGCUGGUACGCCCUCACCCGUCUGAGCGGUUGGCUGGUACGCCCUCACCUGUCUGAGCGGUUGGCUGGUACGCCCUCACCUGUCUGAACGGUUGGCUGGUACGCCCUCACCUGUCUGAGUGGUUGGCUGGUACGCCCUCACCUGUCUGAACGGUUGGCUGGUACGCCCUCACCUGUCUGAGUGGUUGGCUGGUACGCCCUCACCUGUCUGAGCGGUUGGCUGGUACGCCCUCACCUGUCUGAGCGGUUGGCUGGUACGCCCUCACCUGUCUGAGCGGUUGGCUGGUACGCCCUCACCCGUCUGAGCGGUCGCCUGUGAAUGUCCUCACCCGCUGUAUACUUACAACUGAUUGGUUUGGUUCUGCCCACUAUAGUGCUGUCCAGUUAGAACAUGAUGUUAAGGCCCACACUGAACACUUGGUCACCACCACCACCACCACCACCACCACACACGCAGACACAGCUGUUUCCAUUUGAGGAUAUUUAUAUGAUUGUGGUCAUCCGAAUGACUUGGAAUCUUAUUGUUGUGGUUAUUUUGAUACACGCACAACAUUCAGACAUUCGUGUUACUGUCGACAAUUUAAAAAAAAAAAAAAGUCCUCAGAAACAUGCGUCUUCUCCUUUCGGACAACAAUAACACUCUGACCUGAGUGGGCGGGUGCAGUGUCCAGAUGCACAUUUCCAAGCGCUCUGAUUGGUUGGGAAUGGCAGGGCUAUGACGGGUGAGGGAUAACUAAGGUAGGCUGAGCAGCCGAACUAACGGGACUGAAGGGAAACUGAAGGGACCGUGGGGGGACCGUGGGGGGACCGUGAGGGGGACCGUGAGGGGACCGUGGGGGGACCGUGGGGGGACCGUGAAGGGACCGUGGGGGGACCGUGAAGGGACCGUGAAGGGACCGUGGGGGGACCGUGAGGGGGACCGUGAGGGGACCGUGGGGGGACCGUGAGGGGGACCGUGGGGGGAUCGUGAGGGGACCGUGGGGGGACCGUGAGGGGACCGUGGGGGGGACCGUGAGGGGACCGUGGGGGGGACCGUGAGGGGACGUUAGGUAGAGAGGAGAGGAGCAGGACAGCCUUUUUUCACAACUUUAAUCAUCAUUUUCCCCCAAAGUGGUAAUUUCCUUGUGAAGGAUCACUAGUGUCUUAAAAGUGAGUCUGUCUUACUAGGAGUCAGUCUGUCAUGGUUUUGGGAGGAGGUCAAUAAUGAAGGUGUGAGGAAGACUCUGCUAGCAGUGUGUGUAAAUGUAAGACUGUAGUGCAAGGUGACACCACUGACGACGGGGAAAUCAGUGAAAGUGCAGCAUGUUGUGUUGCCACUGGAAUGUGAUGGGAAAGGUCAGUGUCUUAUAGCUCGGUCCACAAAUACCCCAAGGAAACAGUACCGGUAGAUGAAUGGAAAGAAGGUAUACCCAAACGCGAUUCAGCCCAGCUUAAACAAAAAAGGGGAAAUCAGGUGCUCGACUGAGGGACUUGAAAAUCCCAAAAACAUUCCUUACCUCAGGAUACUUCAACUGGUGACUAUCAUUCCUUACCUCAGGAUACUUCAACUGGUGACUAUUAUUCCUUACCUCAGGAUACUUCAACUGGUGACUAUCAUUCCUUACCUCAGGAUACUUCAACUGGUGACUAUCAUUCCUUACCUCAGGAUACUUCAACUGGUGACUAUCAUUCCUUACCUCAGGAUACUUCAACUGGUGACUAUUAUUCCUUACCUCAGGAUACUUCAACUGGUGACUAUCCUUCCUUACCUCAGGAUACUUCAACUGGUGACUAUCCUUCCUUACCUCAGGAUACUUCAACUGGUGACUAUCAUUCCUUACCUCAGGAUACUUCAACUGGUGACUAUCAUUCCUUACCUCAGGAUACUUCAACUGGUGACUAUCAUUCCUUACCUCAGGAUACUUCAACUGGUGACUAUCAUUCCUUACCUCAGGAUACUUCAACUGGUGACUAUCAUUCCUUACCUCAGGAUACUUCAACUGGUGACUAUCAUUCCUUACCUCAGGAUACUUCAACUGGUGACUAUCAUUCCUUACCCCAGGAUACUUCAACUGGUGACUAUCAUUCCUUACCCCAGGAUACUUCAACUGGUGACUAUCAUUCCUUACCUCAGGAUACUUCAACUGGUGACUAUUAUUCCUUACCUCAGGAUACUUCAACUGGUGACUAUCUGGGAGAGUAAAGAAAAAGGAGCAUCUGUUUCUGCAUAAAUCUGAUAGAUUUAUUGACGGGACAAGUAAAUAAUCGGCUUACGUUUUGGCAUGAAUCGCCUUCAUCAGAGCCUUGAGUAGGAAAAAUGUGGGAGGCACCUUUACACCCUCACAGGGGAGUAUCCCACUCAUCAUGUCAAUCAAACAUGUCAAUAAUAUCAAUACUGUCAGUAAUAGCAACUUCAAAGGUUAGUCAAGCAAGAGUUUGAUCAUUAUUCCAGAUUCCUACACAUACAUUCCAGACUCCUCCCCAUACAUUCCAGACCCCUCCCCAUACAUUCCAGACUCCUCCCCAUACAUUACAGACUCCUCCCCAUACAUUCAGGACUCCUCCCCAUACAUUGCAGACUCCUCCCCAUACAUUCAGGACUCCUCCCCAUACAUUACAAACUCCUCCCCAUACAUUCCACUUGAAUAGCAAAAGACAGAGAAUAAACAAAGAAAAAGGUAUUUACCAAAACGAUAAGAAAGAGAGCUGUUCAUUCAGACCCUUUGGCUCGACGCAAUCUAAGCAGUCGAUCCAAAGUGCCUCUCUCUGUAACCAUUUCCUCACUAUAUUGUCACCUCUGGAGGAAAGAGAAACUUUCUCAAUUCCCCAGAAUUUCAAGGUAGACGCAGGGCCAUGAUUGGCAUUCACGGAAUGCCGCGCGAUCGCAUAGGCCAUAUUUUGGUGCGGAUAGCUGUUUCCUGUUCAGCUAUUCUUAAUUUGAGCGCGCGUUUCGUCUGACCAGUAUAAACAAGCCCACAUGGGCAUUUGGGCAUGUAAACAACAUGUGUUGUGCUACAAUUCCAUCACCCGAACGUGGGUGAUAGAAUACUUGUGUAGCACUUGAGUUGGAACAAUGUGUGCAAUGACCCACAGCGGUAAAACCCUCUGGGGGACCUGGUAGAGGGCGCAGGCGCGGGAUCCGGAACGACACUGCGACCCGUCCUAAAGCAUAUCAGGGGAGAGUUAGACGCAAAGUCUUUGAGCGAGGGGUUACUCUGGAGAAUGUGCCAGUGGUUGAAGAUCACGUUUUUUUUUUAUCUGCCCUGCAGACGGGUUGUAUUUAGUCGGUGUAAAAACAAACCCUAGAAGAUUUCUCACGUUUGUCUUUUUUAGUGAGGAGGGCAGCUUCAUCAUUCUCUCGUGCUCAUUUAUGAGCCACGUUGAGGAGACUGUCACUGGAGCCGCCGCGUUCCAGGGACCUCUUUUUCAUUAUUUCAGCUUUUGUCUCAAAAAUCAUUUGAUUUGCUGCAGUUUCGCCUUAGUCUAAGAAAUUGACCAGUAGGAAUAUUGCUUUUAGAGGUCUAUGAUGGUUAUUGUCAUAGCUUAGGAGCGUGUUCCUACUGAGAGGUUUAUGAAAAACAGUCGUUUCAAACGUAUCACCGUCACCUUUAAAAACAGUUAGGUUGAGUAAAUUGACAGAGGAAGUACAAUGCGCUAAUGUAAAUUAUACAUGGGGAUUAGUAGAGUUGGCAUAUAACACAAAUCUACUCAAGUCCUCCUCUGUGCCCCUCCAGACUACCAGAAUAUAAUCAACGUAUCGGCGCCACAGGACAAUAUUAGAAAAUAACGCUUUAGAGUAAAAUAUUUUUUCUUCCCAGAAACCCAUACACAAAUCAGCACAAUUUGGCGCAAACGCCGCUCCCAUCGCUGUUCCCUGGCUUUGGAGGGAAAACCAGCCAGCAUAUUGAAAAUAGUUCAUAGGGAGCGCCAUUUCGGUUAAUGUCAAAAAUAAAACCAGAAGGGGGCAGCAGACCUCCAGGGCGUGGAUCUAGAUAGUGGCAGAGGGUUUCUGGGCCUCCUGCGUGGGUGGGGCUUGUUUGUAUAAACACUUGAAACAUCCCAUAGUUAUAAAGUAUAUCAUUAGAUUGAACUUUGACAUUCUCAAGCAUCUUUAGCACAUCAGUGGUGUCACCCAAGAAUGCUGGGAGGGAAGGAAGCAACUUUUUAAAUGAAAAAAAAAAUCUACAAAUUUGGGAUUGGGGUUCUGUGAGGCUGUCGUUAUCAGAGACUAUAGGUCUCAGGAACUAGUGCCAGUAGACUGCUAGAUACAUCGAAUAAGAACUGGUCCAAAAUACCUCUCAGGUUUAUUUCAUAUCAUGAACUGGUCCAAAAUACCCGACUCUCAGGUUUAUUUCAUAUCAUGAACUGGUCCAAAAUACCUGACUCAAGUUUAUUUCAUAUCAUGAAGUGGUCCAAAAUACCUGACACAGGUUUAUUUCAUAUCAUGAAGUGGUCCAAAAUACCUGACUCAGGUUUAUUUCAUAUCAUGAACUGGUCCAAAAUACCUCUCAGGUUUAUUUCAUAUCAUGAACUGGUCCAAAAUACCUGACUCAAGUUUAUUUCAUAUCAUGAACUGGUCCAAAAUACCUGACUCAGGUUUAUUUCAUAUCAUGAACUGGUCCAAAAUACCUCUCAGGUUUAUUUCAUAUCAUGAACUGGUCCAAAAUACCUCUCAGGUUUAUUUCAUAUCAUGAACUGGUCCAAAAUACCUGACUCAGGUUUAUUUCAUAUCAUGAAGUGGUCCAAAAUACCUGACUCAGGUUUAUUUCAUAUCAUGAAGUGGUCCAAAAUACCUGACUCAGGUUUUUCAUAUCAUGAUGGUCCAAUACCUCAGGUUUAUUUCAUAUCAUGAAGUGGUCCAAAAUACCUGACUCAGGUUUAUUUCAUAUCAAGAACUGGUCCAAAAUACCUGACUCAGGUUUAUUUCAUAUCAAGAACUGGUCCAAAAUACCUGACUCAGGUUUAUUUCAUAUCAAGAACUGGUCCAAAAUACCUGACUCAGGUUUAUUUCAUAUCAUGAAGUGGUCCAAAAUACCUGACUCAGGUUUAUUUCAUAUCAUGAAGUGGUCCUCUGUAGCUCAGCUGGUAGAGCACGGCGCUUGUAACGCCAAGGUAGUGGGUUCGAUCCCCGGGACCACCCAUACACAAAAAUGUAUGCACACAUGACUGUAAGUCGCUUUGGAUAAAAGCGUCUGCUAAAUGGCAUAUUAUUAUUAUUAUUAUGAACAUCCAUCCACAUAAUAGGAAGUAUAUCAAUGUGUAAUGUUAUUACGAUUAUAUUACCAUCUAAUAGAUAUUAAAGGUCUCCUUAAACUUAGAUUAAAAUAUGCUUAUUUGUUCUCUCAGGAUGAAGAGGAAGUUCUACUCGUGGGAUGAGUGUAUGAACUUACGAGAAGUCAAGGUACGAACCACUAUCUGAAAUGGCACCCUAUUCACUAUAGUGUACUACCUUUGACCAGGGCUCAGUGCAAUAUGUAGGGAACUGGCUGCCAUUUCGAAUGCAUCCUAAGGCAAUUUAAAACCACCAUGUCAUUUUAAAACUUUAAGCUCUGUCGCAAAACAUUUGAACCAGCCAGCACCCCAAUGCCAAAGGUUUUGACGCUCUCUGCCCUGGGGUAAAAUAAUAUCUUCCCCUGUGAUUUAAGUUGAUGUUCAGUUACUGCCAUAAAGGGCCAGCUUUAGAUUUUCACGAUUGUCCUUAGACAGGGCAGUGCAGCACUCAAAGAAGGGGAUUUAUUAACUCAAAACGGUUCACAGGUCACUUGGGGAUCAUGUCCCAAAAGCUUGUUCUCACUCAGAAUUGUCUCUUGGUUUCUUCACUACCACUUGUGACCCACUCCUCUACCUACGGAGUCAUUACACCACUCGGUAAUCUCUCAUGUCAGAAAACAAUGUAAAACCAUGACACCACUCGGUAAUCUCUCAUGUCAGAAAACAACGUAAAACCAUGACACCACUCGGUAAUCUCUCAUGUCAGAAAACAACGUAAAACCAUGACACCACUCGGUAAUCUCUCAUGUCAGAAAACAACGUAAAACCAUGACACCACUCGGUAAUCUCUCAUGUCAGAAAACAACGUAAAACCAUGACACCACUCGGUAAUCUCUCAUGUCAGAAAACAACGUAAAACCAUGACACCACUCGGUAAUCUCUCAUGUCAGAAAACAAUGUAAAACCAUGACACCACUCGGUAAUCUCUCAUGUCAGAAAACAAUGUAAAACCAUGACACCACUCGGUAAUCUCUCAUGCACAAACUCUACGUAACAUACUGUAAAUGUAGCAUCUGACGCAAUUACACUCAGUGCAACUUUUCCUUAUUGACACAGGAGUAUAAAUAUGUUGUACGUUAGCUAAUGUCACUCAUACAAACCAAUGGCAUGUGCAUGUUAUAUGUAUGUUUGCAGUCUCUGAAGAAGUUGAGCCAUGCCAACGUGGUGAAGCUGAAGGAGGUGGUCAGGGAGAAGGACCACCUCUACCUUGUCUUUGAGUACAUGAAGGAAAACCUCUACCAGCUGAUGAAGGACAGGUAGGAUCAAUCACUCAUCAAUAUUAUGAUGAAAGAUAUCAAUUAGAUAAUGAGAAAGAAUGUUACUAAUUGGACAGUUCGGAUGGAUGCAUGUAUGACUAAUUUCUCUGUAGCUGUUGAAAUGAGACCUUUUGUCUAUGAGCGUUCCUAUGUGUUCCUAUCUAAGUAUGAUCUGAUUGAGUCAUCAUGUGUCAUGUAUUGAGGAAAAGUUUUACUUACAAUGAUUGUGACAUGUGAUUGUCUUACCUAGCUCGGUUAACUCCAAUGCACUGACUGUAAGUCGCUCUGGAUAAGAGCAUCCUGCUAAAAUGACCAAAAUGUAAAUGUAUUGAUGUUCAUCUUUCCAGACAGAGGUUGUUCCCUGAGUCAGUGAUCAGGAACAUGAUGUUUCAGAUUUUACAUGGACUCUCCUUUAUCCAUAAACAUGGUAGGUUCCCCAUUAUCCAUAAACAUGGUAGGUUCCCCAGCCCGGCUAGAGACUUCUCACUGAAGGUACAAGAGACACUGAGACUGAAUAUUGUAGCGACCCUCCAUAAUGAGCCACAAUUAAAAUUCCCACCAAGUGGGUUAACCCUAUUGGCGCGACGUGUAGGGUGUUUUGCCUUUUCACUCCAGCGACCUGGGUUCGCUCCCUGCCCCUCCGUUCGCUACAAUAUGACAACAAUGCAUAGCCUACUAGUAGUCGAUUCUGAAUGUUUGCACAACGCUGUAGUCACAUACAACAUCAUCCGCCUGUUAAUAUUAUCUUUGAAAGGAAUGCUGUUAAUAACUAUUCAAGCAGUAGAUCAUGUAUUGGCUACACUCUUAGAGAAAAAAGUUCCAAAAAAAGGUUAUUUGAGGAGGGAUAGGUUUCUACCUAGAACCCUUUAUGGAAGACAAGGGGUUCUACCUAGAACCCUUUAUGGAAGACAAGGGUUCUACCAAGAACCCUUUAUGGAAGACAAGGGGUUCUACCUAGAACCCUUUAUGGAAGACAAGGGGUUCUACCUAGAACCCUUUAUGGAAGACAAGGGUUCUACCUAGAACCCUUUAUGGAAGACAAGGGUUCUACCAAGAACCCUUUAUGGAAGACAAGGGUUCUACCUAGAACCCUUUAUGGAAGACAAGGGUUCUACCAAGAACCCUUUAUGGAAGACAAGGGUUCUACCUAGAACCCUUUAUGGAAGACAAGGGUUCUACCUAGAACCCUUUAUGGAAGACAAGGGUUCUACCUAGAACCCUUUAUGGAAGACAAGGGUUCUACCUAGAACCCUUUAUGGAAGACAAUGGGUUCUACCUAGAACCCUUUAUGGAAGACAAAGGGUUCUACCUAUAACCCUUUAUGGAAGACAAGGGGUUCUACCUAGAACCCUUUAUGGAAGACAAGGGUUCUACCUAGAACCCUUUAUGGAAGACAAGGGGUUCUACCUAGAACCCUUUAUGGAAGACAAGGGUUCUACCUAGAACCUUUAACAUCCUAAGAAUAAUUUCUGGGAGGAAGGGUUCUUUGAUGAUUUUUCUUUCUUUUAAAUAGUGCUUGAGCAUUAGUGUUUACCUCCGUGUUUAAACUUUAACAUCAGGAGUUGAGUCAUCUGAUCAUUUUAAAAAGAUAGGUGUGAGUGUUUUAACCUGUACCUACAUGGGAAUAUUUGUGCAUGUAUCUGUAAUACCCUUAAUCAUUUUACAUAGUUGAUAUCUUUGCCAUGAUUUAUUUAUUUCUAAUGAGUAUUUUCUGUGAUUUUGUUGUUGUUGUUGCAGAGAGUAGGAGAAUAGAAUGGAGAAUGAGUGAACCAGCAGUGAACCAGCAGUGUGUUGUGUGGUAUACAGCUAAUUGUAAAAUAACCCCCGUGUUGGUGUUCAUAACCAGAGUUGGGUGUGAUUGUCAUUUUGACUCUGUGUAGAGUAAAACACUGAAAACCACGCCCAUCAUUAUCAUAUUUCCCAGCAUGCUCUACUGCAGUUUGAUUUUCAGAAUUGUUUGUUUCAAUAUCUGUGUUUUUGCAUGUAAAGUACAUUGAUUGGUUGAUUAAUCGGAUGCUACACAAAGAUAAAUAACGUACAUUUUUCUAAACGAAUCCAAACUGUUAGUAGUUGAACUUAUUGCACCCUUUACUGAGAUUGGUUGUUCCACAUUAGAUGAUUUAGGACAGGUAAUCUCAUUGGUGAAUCUUACCUACCCUGGCAGUCAUUCUGAAUGCAAUUGUUGGAUAUCCUCACUGGCUGGAUUCCAAUAGGAAUUACACAUCACUUUGCAAGGAAGCAUAAUGGGACUUGCAGGCCUGAUGUGGCCUGUAAACCAGGAGUUUCCUAAUACCACUGUGUUAAGGUAUAACUAGGCCCUCAAAGAAAGGCCUUAUGAUAUAUGUAAUCUAUUGUCAUAAAGAGUUAGAUUUUAAAGGCUAAUAAGGUUGGUGGAACUGUUCAUAUAGUGUUCUAGGAAGAACUCUUCAAAUAUAAAAGGGUUCUUGGUAGAACCCUUCAGAGGGUUGUAAGUAUAACCAUUUACAGGGGUUUCUAUGGAGAACCCUACAUAGAGGGGUUCUACCUAGCACCAAAAAGGGUUCCCCUAUGCAGACAAACUGAAGAACGCUAUAUGGUUCUACUUAGCACCUUUGGUAGUGUAGCUACUACAAGUACCGACUUGACAAAUGAGCUUGGUAUGGGUAUGGGCUAGAUAUGGGCUUGGUAUGGGUAUGGGCUAGAUAUGGGCUUGGUAUGUGUAUGGGCUAGAUAUGAGCUAGAUAUGAGCUAGAUAUGGGUUAGAUAUGGGUAUGGGCUAGAUAUGGGCUUGGUAUGGGCUAGAUAUGGGCUUGGUAUGGGUAUGAGCUAGAUAUGGGCUAGAUAUGGGUAUGAGCUAGAUAUGGGCUUGAUAUGGGUAUGAGCUAGAUAUGAGCUAGAUAUGGGCUUGAUAUGGGUAUGAGCUAGAUAUGAGCUAGAUAUGGGCUUGAUAUGGGUAUGAGCUAGAUAUGGGUAUGAGCUAGAUAUGAGCUAGAUAUGGGCUUGAUAUGGGCUUGGUAUGGGUAUGAGCUAGAUAUGGGUUAGAUAUGGGCUUGAUAUAGAUAUGGGCUUGGUAUGGGUAUGGGCUAGAUAUGGGCUUGGUAUGGGUAUGAGCUAGAUAUGGGCUAGAUAUGGGCUUGAUAUGGGUAUGAGCUAGAUAUGGGCUAGAUAUGGGCUUGAUAUGGGCUUGGUAUGGGUAUGAGCUAGAUAUGGGUUAGAUAUGGGCUAGAUAUGGGCUUGGUAUGGGUAGGAGCUAGAUAUGGGCUUAAUAUGAGCUUGGUAUGGGUAUGGGCUAGAUAUGAGCUAGAUAUGGGUUAGAUAUGGGCUAGAUAUGAGCUAGAUAUGGGUUAGAUAUGGGCUAGAUAUGGGCUUGAUAUGGGUAUGAGCUAGAUAUGAGCUAGAUAUGGGCUUGAUAUGGGUAUGAGCUAGAUAUGGGUAUGAGCUAGAUAUGAGCUAGAUAUGGGCUUGAUAUGGGCUUGGUAUGGGUAUGAGCUAGAUAUGGGUUAGAUAUGGGCUUGAUAUAGAUAUGGGCUUGGUAUGGGUAUGGGCUAGAUAUGGGCUUGGUAUGGGUAUGGGCUAGAUAUGAGCUAGAUAUGGGCUUGGUAUGGGUAUGGGCUAGAUAUGAGCUAGAUAUGGGUUAGAUAUGGGCUAGAUAUGGGUAUGGGCUAGAUAUGGGCUAGAUAUGGGUAUGAGCUAGAUAUGGGCUUGAUAUGGGUAUGGGCUAGAAAUGGGCUAGAUAUGGGUAUGAACUAGAUAUGGGCUAGAUAUGGGCUUGAUAUUGGUAUGAGCUAGAUAUGGGCUUGAUAUGGGUAUGAGCUAGAUAUGGGCUUGAUAUGGGUAUGAGCUAGAUAUGGGCUAGAUAUGGGCUUGAUAUGGGAUGAGCUAGAUAUGGGCUAGAUAUGGGUAUGAGCUAGAUAUGGGCUAGAUAUGAGCUAGAAAUGGGUAUGAGCUAGAUAUGGGCUAGAUAUGGGCUAGAUAUGGGCUUGAUAUGGGUAUGAGCUAGAUAUGGGUUAGAUAUGGGCUAGAUAUGGGCUUGAUAUGGGUAUGAGCUAGAUAUGGGUUAGAUAUGGGCUAGAUAUGGGCUUGGUAUGGGUAUUGGCUUCUCUUAUAGGAAUAGGGCCUUUCCUUAAAUAUCACAAAACAGAUCAUUCAGUCGACAUUCAUUACGGCUUUAGACUAUGGUGAUUUAAGUGGUCCUCUGUAGCUCAGCUGGUAGAGCACGGCGCUUGUAACGCCAAGGUAGUGGGUUCGAUCCCCGGGACCACCCAUACACAAAAAUGUAUGCACGCAUGACUGUAAGUCGCUUUGGAUAAAAGCGUCUGCUAAAUGGCAUAUUUUAUAUUAUUAUAUAGUCUAUAUGAAUGUAGCUUCUACUGUAUUGAAGACAUUGGACGCAGUUUACCGUAGUGCCCUACGCUUUAUUACGGUGAUAGGUUCAGGACACAUCACUGCAUUCUGUAUCAGUUUACCGUAGUGCCCUACGCUUUAUUACGGUGAUAGGUUCAGUACACAUCACUGCAUUCUGUAUCAGUUUACCGUAGUGCCCUACGCUUUAUUACGGUGAUAGGUUCAGGACACAUCACUGCAUUCUGUAUCAGUUUACCGUAGUGCCCUACGCUUUAUUACGGUGAUAGGUUCAGGACACAUCACUGCAUUCUGUAUCAGAAAGUAGGCCGGCCCUCAAGUCUCGUAGAUCAAUGCACUGCUCUCUUUUUGUUUAUAAAGCCCUCUUGUGCAAACUUCAACCAUACCUGACUUCAUUGUUAAAUUACAGACAUACCUUCAAUCUCCACUGAGUUAGGUACAUCUGCCUUUAGUGUCCCAUAUAUGGAAUGAUCUGCAGAGCUCUCUGGUGCCUCCAGGGCAGUUGAAGUUGUUGAUGGAGUACUUCUGAGGGAGGACCUCCGUGUUGAGGAAUGGGAUUCUUCUGAUGGAAGACCUCCGUGUUGAAGAAUGGGAUUCUUCUGAUGGAAGACCUCCGUGUUGAGGAAUGGGAUUCUUCUGAUGGAAGACCUCCGUGUUGAAGAAUGGGAUUCUUCUGAUGGAAGACCUCCGUGUUGAGGAAUGGGAUUCUUCUGAUGGAAGACCUCCGUGUUAAGGAAUGGGAUUCUUCUGAUGGAAGACCUCCGUGUUGUGGAAUGGGAUUCUUCUGAUGGAGGACCUCCGUGUUGAGGAAUGUGAUUCUUCUUAAAUUGCUUGUAGUAUUGUAUGUUCUUAUUAUGUAUGUUUGAAUGUUGUACAUUUUAUAAAUUGUGUUCAUGCAUGGCUCCCUUGGAAAAAGAGGCCUUAGUCUCAAUGGGACUCCCUGAUCAAAUAAAUAUGACUACUAAACAUGAUAACAUCCACCAGGCCAGGGAUGACUUAGUUUAUCUUGUACCUUUGGGGGAUGGAGAGGUGUGAGUGAUACCAUUACCAAACCUAAAUGCACGGAUAGUUGUCUAUGAUGAUAUCAUGUCAGGACAGCAAAGACUAUAGUCAAGGUUUUCACAAGAGCGCCUCGGUUUCUCUUAAUUGAAUCAAUCAAAUCAGUCAUACCCAUGGUUGUUGGUAUCACUCACCCUCGAGGACACAGUUUUCUCUGCCUUACCUUUCCUUAUCUUUUCUCUCCUGUGUCUCCUUCCCUCCUCUCCGCUGCCAGAGAAGACAGGAUGUUUUCUGAGAAUGAAAUAAGAAAUAUUAUGGUCUGGUUUAGCGUUUGUACAUAAACAUGGUAAUGAGUCUUCUUCUCUCUCAUUUCCCUCCUGUCACUUUAAGGUUUGUCUUCAGUGUGUCUGGUGGUUAAGGUUUGUCUUCAGUGUGUCUGGUGGUUAAGGUUUGUCUUCAGUGUGUCUGGUGGUUAAGGUUUGUCUUCAGUGUUUCUGGUGGUUAAGGUUUGUCUUCAGUGUGUCUGGUGGUUAAGGUUUGUCUUCAGUGUGUCUGGUGGUUAAGGUUUGUCUUCAGUGUUUCUGGUGGUUAAGGUUUGUCUUCAGUGUUUCUGGUGGUUAAGGUUUGUCUUCAGUGUGUCUGGUGGUUAAGGUUUGUCUUCAGUGUGUCUGGUGGGUUUUAGAGUCUUUGUGAUCUUGAGAUAAUUCAGCAGGAGCUCUGAUUAUCCCCCUUUACCCUGAAGUGUGACCUUGUUCGUUCAAUCCACUUGAAGAGAUUGGAUUGGUGUAAGAAAACGUGCACACUUUGGGUAGAAUGGGAAGAAACUGAAUUGGGAUGCAGUGGUUGAUAUUCAACAGUUCCCUCUCAUCAAAUGCUCUACUGAUAAAAUUGUGUCAAUAGGUUCCCUCUCCCCAGGUUACUUCCACCAUGACAUUAAACCAGAGAAUCUGCUCUGUCUCCCCAGGUUACUGCCACCGUGACAUUAAACCAGAGAACCUGCUCUGUCUCCCCAGGUUACUGCCACCGUGACAUUAAACCAGAGAACCUGCUCUGUCUCCCCAGGUUACUGCCACCGUGACAUUAAACCAGAGAAUCUGCUCUGUCUCCCCAGGUUACUGCCACCGUGACAUUAAACCAGAGAAUCUGCUCUGUCUCCCCAGGUUACUGCCACGUGACAUUAAAUCAGAGAACCUGCUCUGUCUCCCCAGGUUACUGCCACCGUGACAUUAAACCAGAUAACCUGCUCUGUCUCCCCAGGUUACUGCCACCGUGACAUUAAACCAGAGAAUCUGCUCUGUCUCCCCAGGUUACUGCCACCGUGACAUUAAACCAGAGAAUCUGCUCUGUCUCCCCAGGUUACUGCCACCGUGACAUUAAACCAGAGAACCUGCUCUGUCUCCCCAGGUUACUGCCACCGUGACAUUAAACCAGAGAACCUGCUCUGUCUCCCCAGGUUACUGCCACCGUGACAUUAAACCAGAGAACCUGCUCUGUAUGGGUCCAGAGCAGGUGAAGAUAGCUGACUUUGGGUUGGCCAGAGAGAUACGCUCCCAGCCUCCCUACACUGAAUAUGUCUCAACUAGAUGGUAAGAUGUUUGAUUUGCACUCUGUUGGCAUUAUCUGAACAUGAAUAAGUAAAGCAUUAUCCCCUUGGGUUAACCAGACUGGUUGAUAUACAGUACCAGUCAAAAGUUUGGACACACCUACUCAUUCCAGGGUUUUUCUUUAUUUUUACUAUUUUCUACAUUGAAGAAUAAUAAUGAAGACAUCAAAACUAUGAAAUAACACAUAUGGAAUUAUGUAGUAACCAAAAAAGUGUUAAACAAAUCAAAAUAUAUAUUUAUAUUUGAAAUUCUUCAAAGUAGCCACCCUUUGCCUUGAUGACAGCUUUGCACGCUCUUGGCAUUCUCUCAACCAGCUUCAUGAGGUAGUCAUCUGGAAUGCAUUUCAAUUAACAGGUGUGCCUUGUUAAAAGUUAAUUUGUGGAAUUUCUUUCCUAAUGCGUUUGAGCCAAUCAGUUGUGUUGUGACAAGGUAGGGGGGUAUACAGAAGAUAGCCCUAUUUGGUAAAAGACCAAGUCCAUAUUAUGGUAAGAACAGCUCAAAUAAGCAAAGAGAAACAACAGUCCAUCAUUACUUUAAGACAUGAAGGUCAGUCAAUCCGGAAAAUUUCAAGAACUUUCAAAGUUUCUUCAAGUGCAGUCGCAAAAACCAUCAAGCGCUAUGAUGAAACUGGCUCUCAUGAGGACUGCCACAGGAAAGGAAGACCCAGAGUUACCUCUGCUGCAGAGGAUAAGUUCAUUAGAGUUAACUGCACCUCAGAUUGCAGCCCAAAUAAAUGCUUCACAGAGUUCAAGUAACAGACACAUCUCAACAUCAACUGUAAUGAAGAGGAGACUGUGUGAAUCAGGCCUUCAUGGUCGAAUUGCUGCAAAGAAACCACUACUAAAGGACACCAAUAAUAAGAAGAGACCUGCUUGGGACAAGAAACACGAGCAAUGGACAUUAGAACGGUGGAAAUCUGUCCUUUGGUCUGAUGAGUCCAAAUUUGAGAUUUUUGGUUCCAACCGCUGUGUCUUUGUGAGACGCAGAGUAGGUGAACGGAUGAUCUCCCCAUGUGUAGUUCCCACCGUAAAGCAUGGAGGAGGAGGUGUGAUGGUGUGGGGGUGCUUUGCUGGUGACACUGUCUGUGAUUUAUUAAGAAUGAACCAGCAUAGCUACCACAGCAUUCUGCAGCGAUACGCCAUCCCAUCUGGUUUGCACUUAGUGGGACUAACAUUUGUUUUUCAACAGGACAAUGACCCAACACUCCUCCAGGGUGUGUAAGGACUAUUUAACCAAGAAGAGAGUGAUGGAGUGCUGCAUCAGAAUUACCUUGCCUCCACAAUCACCCGACCUCAACCCAAUUGAGAUGGUUUGAGAUGAGUUGGACCGCAGAGUGAAGGAAAAGCAGCCAACAAGUGCUCAGCAUAUGUGGGAACUCCUUCAAGACUGUUGGAAAUAUAUAGUCUGUACCUACUGUAACAGUCUGUAUAUAUGUAUAUGUCAGUAUAUAUCAACCAGUCUGUACCUACACUACCAUUCAAAAGUUACACAUGGUCUACGGUUAUGAGGCUGGUUCGACAUACUGACAAAUUCUCUAAAACGACGUUGGAGGCGGCUUAUGGUAGAGAAAUUAACAUUCAAUUAUCUGGCAACAGCUCUGGUAUACAUUCCUGCAGUCAGCAUGCCAAUUGCACGCUCCCUCAAAACUUGAGACAUCUGUGGCAUUGUGUUGUGACAAAACUGCACAUUUUUGCAUUUAUAUAUUUAUUUAUUUAUUAUUUUUGGAUAAUAAUUAUAAAGAUAAAUAAAAUACAAUAAGAGGAUCACAUGACAAACAAAACAACAUCAACCUCUGACCUUCAAGCGGUUUACUGUGUUUGUCUGUCAGGCUUUAAACUCACUAAAGGCAGACCUCUGCAGGACGUGAGGUGAGGCUGAUCCUACGAGGUCUAUACUGUUGUCUGUCUAUAAAGCCUUUGUAACAGGCUUUGGUAAUUUCACCAUGUGGUUUAGAGCUCAGGGAUGAAAUGAUUCUGACUCAUCGGAGGUUAAUCCCUUCAGGAGACACAGGACAGGAACAACAACAAUGUGUGUGUCUGUCUGUGUCUGUGUGUGUGUGUGUGUGUGUGUGUGUGUGUGUGUGUGUACAUACAGUGCAUUCAGAAAGUAUUCAGACCCCUUGACUUUUUCCACAAUUUGCUACGUUACAGCCUUAUUCUAAAAUUGAUUAAAUCGUUUUUUUCCCUCAUCAAUCUACACACAAUACCCCAUAAUGACAAAGCAAAAACAGGUUUUUAGAAUGUUUUGCAAAUUUUGCACCUGUAUUUGGGGAGUUUCUCCCAUUAUUCUCUGCACAUCCUCUCAAGCUCUGUCAGGUUGGAUGGGGAGCGUCGCUGCACAGCUAUUUUUAGGUCUCUCCAGAGAUGUUAGAUUUGGUUAGAGUCCGGGCUCUGGCUGGGCAACUCAAGGACAUUCAGAGACUUGUCCCGAAGCCACUCCUGCGUUUUCUUGGCUGUGUGUUUAGGGUUGUUGUCUUGUUGGAAGGUGGACCUUCGCCCCAGUCUGUGACCAUUGGGUUCUUGGUCACCUCCCUGACCAAGGCCCUUCUCCCCCGAUUGCUCAGUUUGGCCGGGUGGCCAGCUUGAUGGUUCCAAACUUCUUCCAUUUAAGAAUGAUUGAGGCCACUGUGUUCUUGGGGACCUUCAAUGCUGCAGAAAUGUUUUGGUACCCUUUCCCAGAUCUGUGCCUCGACACAAUCCUGUCUCGAAGCUCUACGGACAAUUCCUUUGACCUGAUGGCUUCGUUUUUGCUCUGACAUGCUCUGUCAACUGUGGUACCUUAUAUAGACAGGUGUGUGCCUUUCCAAAUCAUGUCCAAUUUCGAGUCUCAUAGCAAAGGGUCUGAAUACUUAUGUAAAUAAGAUAAUAUAUAUAUUUUUUUUUAUACAUUUGCAAACCAUUCUUAAAACCUGUUUUUGCUUUGUCAUUAUCGGGUAUUGUGUGUAGAUUGAUGAGGAUUUUUGAAAAUGUAAUCAAUUUUAGAAUAAGGCUGUAACGUAACAAAAUGUGGAAAAAAAGGGAAGGGGUCUGAAUACUUUCCGAACGCACCGUGUGCAUGUGCGUGGCUGUAUAGUCUACCUGAUCCUCCUGUCUCCUCCCCUCCCCAGGUACAGAGCCCCUGAUCCUCCUGUCUCCUCCCCUCCCCAGGUACAGAGCCCCUGAUCCUCCUGUCUCCUCCCCCCCUCCCCAGGUACAGAGCCCCUGAUCCUCCUGUCUCCUCCCCUCCCCAGGUACAGAGCCCCUGAUCCUCCUGUCUCCUCCCCCUCCCCAGGUACAGAGCCCCUGAUCCUCCUGUCUCCUCCCCUCCCAGGUACAGAGCCCUGAUCCUCCUGUCUCUCCCCUCCCCAGGUACAGAGCCCCUGAUCCCCUGUCUCCUCCCCUCCCCAGGUACAGAGCCCCUGAUCCUCCUGUCUCCUCCCCUCCCCAGGUACAGAGCCCCUGAUCCUCCUGUCUCCUCCCCUCCCCAGGUACAGAGCCCCUGAUCCUCCUGUCUCCUCCCCUCCCCAGGUACAGAGCCCCUGAUCCUCCUGUCUCCCCCCUCCCCAGGUACAGAGCCCCUGAUCCUCCUGUCUCCUCCCCUCCCAGGUACAGAGCCCCUGAUCCUCCUGUCUCCUCCCUCCCCAGGUACAGAGCCCCUGAUCCUCCUGUCUCCUCCCCUCCCCAGGUACAGAGCCCCUGAUCCUCCUGUCUCCUCCCCUCCCAGUACAGACCCUUCCUCCUGCUCCCCCUCCCAGGUACAGAGCCCCUGAUCCUCCUGUCUCCUCCCCUCCACAGGUACAGAGCCCCUGAUCCUCCUGUCUCCUCCUCUCCCCAGGUACAGAGCCCCUGAUCCUCCUGUCUCCUCCUCUCCCCAGGUACAGAGCCCCUGAUCCUCCUGUCUCCUCCUCUCCCCAGGUACAGAGCCCCUGAUCCUCUGUCUCCUCCCCUCCCCAGGUACAGAGCCCCUGACCCCCCUGUCUCCCCCCCCCCCCAGUACAGACCCCCUGACCCCCUUUUCCUCCCCUCCCCAGGUACGGGCCCCCUAUCCCCGUCUCCCCUCCCCCAGGUACAAGCCCCUGAUCCUCCGUCCCUCCCCUCCACAGGUACAGACCCCUGUUCCUCCUUCUCCCCCUCUCCCCGGGUUACAGAGCCCCUGAUCCUCCGUCUCCUCCUCCCCCCGGGACGAGCCCCUGAUCCCCUGUUCCCCCUCUCCCCAUACGGGCCCCCUGAUCCUCCUGUCUCCCCCUCUCCCCAGGUACAAAGCCCCCAGGUGCUCCUAAUCUCCCCCUACACUCUCCAUAACAUCUGGGCAGUGGGCUGCAUCAUGGCAGAGCUAUACACACUCACACCUCUGUUCCCUGGAAACAGCGAAGUGGACGAGAUCUUCAAGAUCUGCCAGGUGCUGGGCACCGUGAAGAAGGUGGGCAAGAGGGCUCAUUCACACAUACACAUGCUGGGCACCAUGAAGGAGGUCGGCAAGAGGACUCAUUCACACAUACAGUGGGGGAAAAAAGGUAUUUAGUCAGCCACCAAUUGUGCAAGUUCUCCCACUUAAAAAGAUGAGAGAGGCCUGUAAUUUUCAUCAUAGGUACACGUCAACUAUGACAGACAAAAUGAGAAAAAAAAAUCCAGAAAAUCACAUUGUAGGAUUUUUUAUGAAUUUAUUUGCAAAUUAUGGUGGAAAAUAAGUAUUUGGUCAAUAACAAAAGUUUCUCAAUACUUUGUUAUAUACCCUUUGUUGGCAAUGACACAGGUCUAACGUUUUCUGUAAGUCUUCACAAGGUUUUCACACACUGUUGCGGGUAUUUUGGCCCAUUCCUCCAUGCAGAUCUCCUCUAGAGCAGUGAUGUUUUGGGGCUGUCGCUGGGCAACACAGACUUUCAACUCCCUCCAAAGAUUUUCUAUGGGGUUGAGAUCUGGAGACUGGCUAGGCCACUCCAGGACCUUGAAAUGCUUCUUACGAAGCCACUCCUUUGUUGCCCGGGCGGUGUGUUUGGGAUCAUUGUCAUGCUGAAAGACCCAGCCACGUUUCAUCUUCAAUGCCCUUGCUGAUGGAAGGAGGUUUUCACUCAAAAUCUCACGAUACAUGGCCCCAUUCAUUCUUUCCUUUACACGGAUCAGUCGUCCUGGUCCCUUUGCAGAAAAACAGCCCCAAAGCAUGAUGUUUCCACCCCCAUGCUUCACAGUAGGUAUGGUGUUCUUUGGAUGCAACUCAGCAUUCUUUGUCCUCCAAACACGACGAGUUGAGUUUUUACCAAAAAGUUAUAUUUUGGUUUCAUCUGACCGUAUGACAUUCUCCCAAUCCUCUUCUGGAUCAUCAAAAUGCACUCUAGCAAACUUCAGACGGGCCUGGACAUGUACUGGCUUAAGCAGGGGGACACGUCUGGCACUGCAGGAUUUGAGUCCCUGGCGGCGUAGUGUGUUACUGAUGGUAGGCUUUGUUACUUUGGUCCCAGCUCUCUGCAGGUCAUUCACUAGGUCCCCCCGUGUGGUUCUGGGAUUUUUGCUCACCGUUCUUGUGAUCAUUUUGACCCCACGGGGUGAGAUCUUGCGUGGAGCCCCAGAUCGAGGGAGAUUAUCAGUGGUCUUGUAUGUCUUCCAUUUCCUAAUAAUUGCUCCCACAGUUGAUUUCUUCAAACCAAGCUGCUUACCUAUUGCAGAUUCAGUCUUCCCAGCCUGGUGCAGGUCUACAAUUUUGUUUCUGGUGUCCUUUGACAGCUCUUUGGUCUUGGCCAUAGUGGAGUUUGGAGUGUGACUGUUUGAGGUUGUGGACAGGUGUAUUUUAUACUGAUAACAAGUUCAAACAGGUGCCAUUAAUACAGGUAACGAGUGGAGGACAGAGGAGCCUCUUAAAGAAGAAGUUACGGGUCUGUGAGAGCCAGAAAUCUUGCUUGUUUGUAGGUGACCAAAUACUUAUUUUCCACCAUCAUUUGCAAAUAAAUUCAUUAAAAAUCCUACAAUGUGAUUUUCUGGAUUUCUUUUCUCAAUUUGUCUGUCAUAGUUAACGUGUACCUAUGAUGUAAAUUACAGGCCUCUCUCUUUUUAAGUGGGAGAACUUGCACAAUUGGUGGCUGACUAAAAACUUUUUUCCCCCACUGUACACAUGCUGGGAACCAUGGAGAAGGUGGGGAGCUGAAGAGAUUCGGAGGUCAAUGUUUAUUUCAUUAUCAUGGCUUUCUAAACACGUGUGAAACUCACCUACUCACUCAAUUACUCACCCACCGCUGUUGUUGUUGUUGUUGUUAAUGUUGUUGUUGUUGUUAAUGUUGUUGUUGUUGUUGUUGUUAAUGUUGUUGUUGUUAAUGUUGUUGUUGUUGUUGUUGUUGUUGUUGUUGUUAAUGUUGUUGUUGUUGUUAAUGUUGUUGUUGUUGUUAAUGUUGUUGUUGUUAAUGUUGUUGUUGUUGUUGUUAAUGUUGUUGUUGUUGUUGUUGUUGUUCAUGUUGUUGUUGUUCAUGUUGUUGCUGCUGUUGUUACUGUUGCUGUUGUUGUUGUUGUUGCUGCUGCUGUUGUUGUUGUUGUUAAUGUUGUUGUUGUUAAUGUUGUUGUUGUUGUUAAUGUUGUUGUUGUUAAUGUUGUUGUUGUUGUUGUUAAUGUUGUUGCUGUUGUUGUUGCUGCUGCUGUUGUUGUUGUUGUUGUUGUUGUUGCUGCUGCUGCUGCUGCUGUUGUUGUUGUUGUUGUUGUUGUUGUUACAUCAUGGGUCUCUCGGUCACGGCCGGCUGUGACACCAGGCUGGGAUCGAACCCGGGGCUGUAGUGACGCCUCAGAGACGUCUGGUAAUGGGAAGACCGCUGCGCCACUCGGGAGAUCCUGUUGCUGUUACUGUUGUUGUUGGUGUUGCUUACUCAACUUUCCUUCUCCAUCUUCCCGUUAUCAGACGGACUGGCCUGAGGGCUAUAACCUGGCAGCCUCUAUGAACUUCCGUUUCCCCCAGUGUGUCCCGACCAGCCUGCGCUUGCUGGUCCCCAACGCCUCCAAUGAGGCAGUGGUUCUGAUGAGGGAUAUGCUACAGUGGGACCCCCAGAAGAGACCCACCGCAGUGCAGGUACACAUAUUAACCCUAACCCCAGAAGAGACCCACCGCAGUGCAGGUACACAUAUUAACCCUAACCCCAGAAGAGACCCACCAUCAGUGAGGAUUAAUAUGAUGAUUACACACUGUGUUCCAGGCUCUGAGGUACCUGGGCCAGGCAUUGGGUCCUCCACCUCAGUACCUGGAGCAGCACAAAGCCCAGAGCAGGACCGCAGCAGCAGCACAGCAGGCCUCCUCCACAGAGCCCAAACCUCUCCCCGUCUGGAAGGCCGACCUCCAGCCCCAGCCAGCCCACACCCAGGGUCAGGGUCAGGGUCAGGGUCAGGGUCAGGGCAGGGUCCACCACCACCAGCCUCAGCAUAACACUGACCAUCACAGACUCUCCAACACAGACUGGGACGGACACAGCCAGCAGCAGUACCAGUACCAGCCAUCUCCGCUCAGCCUGGUCAAACACACCCAGCCACAGGUCAGUGAUGUAGCUAGCCAUCCUCACUCAGCCUGGUCAAACACACCCAGCCACAGGUCAGUGAUGUAGCUAGCCAUCCUCACUCAGCCUGGUCAACACACCCAGCCACAGGUCAGUGAUGUAGCUAGCCAUCCCCACUCAGCCUGGUCAAACACACCCAGCCACAGGUCAGUGAUGUAGCUAGCCAUCCCCACUCAGCCUGGUCAAACACACCCAGCCACAGGUCAGUGAUGUAGCUAGCCAUCCUCACUCAGCCUGGUCAAACACACCCAGCCACAGGUCAGUGAUGUAGCUAGCCAUCCCCACUCAGCCUGGUCAAACACACCCAGCCACAGGUCAGUGAUGUAGCCAGCCAUCCCCACUCAGCCUGGUCAAACACACCCAGCCACAGGUCAGUGAUGUAGCUAGCCAUCCACUCAGCCUGGUCAAACACACCCAGCCACAGGUCAGUGAUGUAGCUAGCCAUCCCCACUCAGCCUGGUCAAACACACCCAGCCACAGGUCAGUGAUGUAGCUAGCCAUCCACUCAGCCUGGUCAAACACACCCAGCCACAGGUCAGUGAUGGUAGCUAGCCAUCCCCACUCAGCCUGGUCAAACACACCCAGCCACAGGUCAGUGAUGUAGCUAGCCAUCCACUCAGCCUGGUCAACACACCCAGCCACAGGGUCAGUGAUGUAGCUAGCCAAUCCCCACUCAGCCUGGUCAAACACACCCAGCCACAGGUCAGUGAUGUAGCUAAGCCAUCCCACUCAGCCUGGUCAAACACACCCAGCCACAGGUCAGUGAUGUAGCCAGCCAUCCCACUCAGCCUGGUCAAACACACCCAGCCACAGGUCAGUGAUGUCAGCCUAGCCAUCCCACUCAGCCUGGUCAAACACACCCAGCCACAGGUCAGUGAUGUACCCUCAGCCUGGUCAACACACCAGCCACAGGUCAGUGAUGUAGCCAGCCUCCCCCCUGGUCAAACACACCCAGCCACAGGUCAGUGAUGUAGCUAGCCAUCCCCACUCAGCCUGGUCAAACACACCCAGCCACAGGUCAGUGAUGUAGCUAGCCAUCCCCACUCAGCCUGGUCAAACACACCCAGCCACAGGUCAGUGAUGUAGCUAGCCAUCCCACUCAGCCUGGUCAAACACACCCAGCCACAGGUCAGUGAUGUAGCUAGCCAUCCCCACUCAGCCUGGUCAAACACACCAGCCACAGGUCAGUGAUGUAGCUAGCCAUCCUCACUCAGCCUGGUCAAACACACCCAGCCACAGGUCAGUGAUGUAGCUAGCCAUCCCCACUCAGCCUGGUCAAACACACCCAGCCACAGGUCAGUGAUGUAGCUAGCCAUCCCACUCAGCCUGGUCAAACACACCCAGCCACAGGUCAGUGAUGUAGCUAGCCAUCCCCACUCAGCCUGGUCAAACACACCCCAGCCACAGGUCAGUGAUGUAGCUAGCCAUCCCCACUCAGCCUGGUCAAACACACCCAGCCACAGGUCAGUGAUGUAGCUAGCCAUCCCCACUCAGCCUGGUCAAAACACACCCAGCCACAGGUCAGUGAUGUAGCUAGCCAUCCCCACUCAGCCUGGUCAAACACACCCAGCCACAGGUUCAGUGAUGUAGCUAGCCAUCCCCACUCAGCCUGGUCAAACACACCCAGCCCACAGGUCAGUGAUGUAGCUAGCCAUCCCCACUCAGCCUGGUCAAAACACACCCAGCCACAGGUCAGUGAUGUAGCUAGCCAUCCCCACUCAGCCUGGUCAAACACACCCAGCCACAGGUCAGUGAUGUAGCCAGCCAUCCCCACUCAGCCUGGUCAAACACACCCAGCCACAGGUCCAGUGAUGUAGCCAGCCAUCCCCACUCAGCCUGGUCAAACACACCCCAGCCACAGGUCAGUGAUGUAGCCAGCCAUCCCCACUCAGCCUGGUCAAACACACCCAGCCACAGGUCAGUGAUGUAGCUAGCCAUCCCCACUCAGCCUGGUCAAACACACCCAGCCACAGGUCAGUGAUGUAGCCAGCCAUCCCCACUCAGCCUGGUCAAACACACCCAGCCACAGGUCAGUGAUGUAGCUAGCCAUCCCCACUCAGCCUGGUCAAACACACCCAGCCACAGGUCAGUGAUGUAGCUAGCCAUCCUCACUCAGCCUGGUCAAACACACCCAGCCACAGGUCAGUGAUGUAGCUAGCCAUCCCCACUCAGCCUGGUCAAACACAACCCAGCCACAGGUCAGUGAUGUAGCUAGCCAUCCCCACUCAGCCUGGUCAAAACACACCCAGCACAGGUCAGUGAUGUAGCUAGCCAUCCCCACUCAGCCUGGUCAAACACACCCAGCCACAGGUCAGUGAUGUAGCUAGCCAUCCCACUCAGCCUGGUCAAACACACCCAGCCACAGGUCAGUGAUGUAGCUAGCCAUCCCCACUCAGCCUGGUCAAACACACCCAGCCACAGGUCAGUGAUGUAGCCAGCCAUCCCCACUCAGCCUGGGCAAAACAACCCAGCCACAGGUCAGUUGAUGUAGCUAGCCAUCCACUCAGCCUGGUCAAACACACCCAGCCACAGGUCAGUGAUGUAGCUAGCCAUCCCCACUCAGCCUGGUCAAACACACCCAGCCACAGGUCAGUGAUGUAGCUAGCCAUCCCCACUCAGCCUGGUCAACCAACCCGCCACAGGUCAGUGAUGUAGUAGCACCCCACUCAGCCUUGGUCAACACACCCACCACAGGUCAGUGAUGUAGCCAGCCAUCCACUCAGCCUGGUCAAACACACCCAGCCACAGGUCAGUGAUGUAGCUAGCCAUCCCCACUCAGCCUGGUCAAACACACCCAGCCACAGGUCAGUGAUGUAGCUAGCCAUCCCCACUCAGCCUGGUCAAACACACCCAGCCACAGGUCAGUGAUGUAGCUAGCCAUCCACUCAGCCUGGUCAAAAACACCCAGCCACAGGUCAGUGAUGUAGCUAGCCAUCCCCACUCAGCCUGGUCAAACACACCCAGCCACAGGUCAGUGAUGUAGCUAGCCAUCCCCACUCAGCCUGGUCAAAACACACCCAGCCACAGGUCAGUGAUGUAGCUAGCCAUCCCCACUCAGCCUGGUCAAAACACACCCAGCCACAGGUCAGUGAUGUAGCUAGCCAUCCCCACUCAGCCUGGUCAAACACACCCAGCCACAGGUCAGUGAUGUAGCUAGCCAUCCCCACUCAGCCUGGUCAAACACACCCAGCCACAGGUCAGUGAUGUAGCUAGCCAUCCCUCACUCAGCCUGGUCAAACACACCCAGCCACAGGUCAGUGAUGUAGCUAGCCAUCCCCACUCAGCCUGGUCAAACACACCCAGCCACAGGUCAGUGAUGUAGCUAGCCAUCCCACUCAGCCUGGUCAAACACACCCAGCCACAGGUCAGUGAUGUAGCUAGCCAUCCCCACUCAGCCUGGUCAAACACACAACCCCGCCACAGGUCAGUGAUGUAGCUAGCCAUCCCACUCAGCCUGGUCAAACACACCCAGCCACAGGUCAGUGAUGUAGCUAGCCAUCCCACUCAGCCUGGUCAAACACACCCAGCCACAGGUCAGUGAUGUAGCUAGCCAUCCCCACUCAGCACUGGUCAAACACACCCAGCCAAGGUCAGUGAUGUAGCCAGCCAUCCCCACUCAGCCGGUCAAACACACCCAGCCACAGGUCAGUGAUGUAGCCAGCCAUCCCCACUCAGCCUGGUCAAACACACCCGCCACAGGUCAGUGAUGUAGCAGCCAUCCCCACUCAGCCUGGUCAAACACACCCCGCCACAGGUCAGUGAUGUAGCCAGCCAUCCCCACUCAGCCUGGUCAAACACACACCAGCCACAGGUCAGUGAUGUAGCCAGCCAUCCCCACUCAGCCUGGUCAAACACACCCAGCCACAGGUCAGUGAUGUAGCUAGCCAUCCCCACUCAGCCUGGUUUAAACACACCCAGCCACAGGUCAGUGAUGUAGCUAGCCAUCCCCACUCAGCCUGGUCAAACACACCCAGCCCACAGGUCAGUGAUGUAGCUAGCCAUCCUCACUCAGCCUGGUCAAACACACCCAGCCACAGGUCAGUGAUGUAGCUAGCCAUCCCCACUCAGCCUGGUCAAACACUACCCAGCCACAGGUCAGUGAUGUAGCUAGCCAUCCCCACUCAGCCUGGUCAAACACACCCAGCCACAGGUCAGUGAUUGUAGCUAGCCAUCCCCACUCAGCCUGGUCAAACACACCCAGCCCACAGGUCAGUGAUGUAGCUAGCCAUCCCCACUCAGCCUGGUCAAAACACACCCAGCCACAGGUCAGUGAUGUAGCUAGCCAUCCCCACUCAGCCUGGUCAAACACACCCAGCCACAGGUCAGUGAUGUAGCUAGCCAUCCCCACUCAGCCUGGUCAAACCAAACCCAGCCCCAAGGUCAACGUGAUGUAGCCUAGCCAAUCCUCAACCGCCGGGUUCAUAACACACCAAAGCCACAUGGUCAAGGGAUGUAGACUAGCCAUCCCCACUUCAGCCUGGUCCAAACACACCCAGCCACAGGUCAGUGAUGUAGCCAGCCAUAUAGCAGUAUUAUCUCUAUGGAUUAUGGAGAUUAUACGGAGAUAUAAUAUAUUUUUGUAAGGGCCAAGAGCUUACUAUAGUACUAACAUUAUAGUAUUAUGGACUUACUAUGACUGAGAUAUGGUUGUCUCACCUAGCUAUCUUAAGAUGAAUGCACUAACUGUAGAUGGCUCUGGAUAAGAGUGUCUGCUAAAUGACUCACUACUGUAGUCUCUCUGGAUAAGAGUGUCUGCUAAAUGACUCACUACUGUAGUGACUCUGGAUAAGAGUGUCUGCUAAAUGACUCACUACUGUAGUGACUCUGGAUAAGAGCGUCUGCUAAAUGACUCACUACUGUAGUGGCUCUGGAUAAGAGAGUCUGCUAAAUGACUCACUACUGUAGUGGCUCUGGAUAAGAGCGUCUGCUAAAUGACUCACUACUGUAGUGGCUCUGGAUAAGAGAGUCUGCUAAAUGACUCACUACUGUAGUGACUCUGGAUAACAGUGUCUGCUAAAUGACUCACUACUGUAGUGACUCUGGAUAAGAGCGUCUGCUAAAUGACUCACUACUGUAGUCGCUCUGGAUAAGAGCGUCUGCUAAAUGACUCACUACUGUAGUGACUCUGGAUAAGAGUGUCUGCUAAAUGACUCACUACUGUAGUCUCUCUGGAUGAGAGAGUCUGCUAAAUGACUCACUACUGUAGUGACUCUGGAUAAGAGCGUCUGCUAAAUGACUCACUACUGUAAGACUCUGGAUAAGAGCGUCUGCUAAAUGACUCACUACUGUAAGACUCUGGAUAAGAGCGUCUGCUAAAUGACUCACUACUGUAGUGGCUCUGGAUAAGAGUGUCUGCUAAAUGACUCACUACUGUAGUGGCUCUGGAAAAGAGCGUCUGCUAAAUGACUCACUACUGUGGUGACUCUGGAUCAGAGCGUCUGCUAAAUGACUCACUACUGUAGUCUCUCUGGAAUUGAGCGUCUGCUAAAUGACUCACUACUGUAGUGGCUCUGGAUAAGAGAGUCUGCUAAAUGACUCACUACUGUAGUGACUCUGGAUAAGAGCGUCUGCUAAAUGACUCACUACUGUAAGACUCUGGAUAAGAGCGUCUGCUAAAUGACUCACUACUGUAGUGUCUCUGGAUAAGAGUGUCUGCUAAAUGACUCACUACUGUAGUGGCUCUGGAAAAGAGCGUCUGCUAAAUGACUCACUACUGUGGUGACUCUGGAUCAGAGCGUCUGCUAAAUGACUCACUACUGUAGUGACUCUGGAUAAGAGCGUCUGCUAAAUGACUCACUACUGUAAGACUCUGGAUAAGAGCGUCUGCUAAAUGACUCACUACUGUGGUGACUCUGGAUCAGAGCGUCUGCUAAAUGACUCACUACUGUAGUGACUCUGGAUAAGAGCGUCUGCUAAAUGACUCACUACUGUAAGACUCUGGAUAAGAGCGUCUGCUAAAUGACUCACUACUGUAGUCUCUCUGGAUAAGAGCGUCUGCUAAAUGACUCACUACUGUAGUGGCUCUGGAUAAGAGCGUCUGCUAAAUGACUCCGAUGUAAAUAGGAUAGUACUGUAUUGUAUACAAUAGGCUGGGAUAUACUUUAAUAUAUAACCUAUAUAUACUUUAAAGGUAAUAGCUACUGUCAGUAUUUGUUUCUUUGUAUCAAUUUAUGUCCUCUCACAAACGGGGUUAUUGUACACUGAACAACAAUAUAAGCGCAACAUGUAACGUGUUGGUCCCAUGUUUCAUGAGCUGAAAUAAAAGAUCACAGGAAUUUUCCAUACGGACUAAAAGCUUAUUUCUCUCAAAUGUUGUGCAGAAAUUUGUUUACAUCCCUGUUAGUGAGCAUUUCUCAUUCGACAAGAUAAUCCAUCCACCUGACAGGUGUGCCAUAUCAAGAAGCUGGUAGAACAGCAUGAUCAUUACACAGGUGUACCUUGUGCUGGGGACAAUAAAAGGCCACUAAAAUAUGCAGUUUUGUCACACAACACAAUGCCACAGAUGUCUCAAGUUUUGAGGGAGCGUGCAAUUGGAAUGCUGACUGCAGGAAUGUCCACCAGAGCUGUUGCCAGAUAAAUAAAUGUUAAUUUCUCUACCAUAAGCUGCCUCCAAUGUCGUUUUAGAGAAUUUGGCAGUACGUCCAACCGGCCUCACAACCACAGACCACGUGUAUGGCGUCGUAUGGGUGAGCGGUUUGCUGAUGUCAACGUUGUGAACAGAGUGCCCCAUGGUGGCGGUGGGGUUAUGGUAUGGGCAGGCAUAAGUUACGGACAACGAACACAAUUGCAUUUUAUCGAUGGCAAUUUUAAUGCACAGAGAUACCGUGACGAGAUCCUGAGGCCCAUUGUCGUGCCGCCACCUCAUGUUUCAGCAUGAUAAUGCACGGCCCCAUGUCGCAAGGAUCUGUACGCAAUUCCUGGAAGCUGAAAAUGUCCCAGUUCUUCCAUGGCCUGCAUACUCACCAGACAUGUAACCCAUUGAGCAUGUUUGGGAUGCUCUGGAUCGAUGUGUACGACAGCAUGUUCCAGUUCCUGCCAAUAUCCAACAACAUCGCACAGCCAUUGAAGAGGAGUGGGACAACAUUCCACAGGCCACAAUCAACAGCCUGAUCAACUCUAUGCAAAGGAGAUGUAGCGCUGCAUGAUGCAAAUGGUGGUCACACCAGAUACUGACUGGUUUUCUGAUCCACGCCCCUACCUUUUUUUUAAGGUAUCUGUGACCAACAGAUGCAUAUCUGUAUUCCCAGUCAUGUGAAAUCCAUAGAUCAGGGCCUAAUGAAUUUAUUUCAAUGUACUUAUUUCCUGACAUGAACAUUAACUCAGUAAAAUCUUUGAUAGUUGACAAUACAAAAUACAGAUUUUAAAAACCACAUUGUGGACCAGUCCUAGUCAACUCAUGGUACAGUAUUUAAUUUGGAGUCCUCUAUAAUACAUGACAUCAUUAUCGUGUGGGAUUUGAUGUGGAACUUGUCCAACAGAAAGCCACUCCAGCGGGGUGUGAGAACGGCACAUCAGGGUUCAGGAGCGGUAGGAUGUGGUGGGGACAGACGUCAACAGGCACCUGGGACGAGGUGGACGACUCUGACCUCGGCAUCUCCUUCUCCAAGAAACCCAGCAUGGCAUCUCUCAGGGACAAACACCAGGACCAGGACAAUGACUGGUAGGUCCUUCUGCUUCUUCCUGCCAUGCCUGGCUAGGGAUUAGGCCCGGUUUGUUCUAGGCAGGUUACAUGGUCAGAACCUUUUGGGCAUAGUCGCAGACGAGACCUUGGUCUCAAUGGGAUUACCAGCAACAAAAUAGUUAAAUAUGCUAUUUUUUCCUAGUGAUCAUGUGGUCAGGAAAACUCCUGGCUCCUAGACAUGAUACAUUCUUGUCUUAUAAAAUGACACCCACUUAUACGGUAUUUCUACAUGCAGUUUUAUAUUGAUUAAUGUAUUGUUUGAUUGUGUGUAGGUUUGCAGAGCCCAAGUCCAACACAUCAUCAGUGAAGCAACACUACCUGCGCCAUUCCAGAUACCUCCCUGGUAAAGUCCUGUGGUGCUGAAACCUGUAGGGUCCAGAGACCUCCCUGGUAAAGUCCUGUGGUGCUGAAACCUGUAGGGUCCAGAGACCUCCCUGGUAAAGUCCUAUGGUGCUGAAACCUGUAGGGUCCAGAGACCUCCCUGGUAAAGUCCUGUGGUGCUGAAACCUGUAGGGUCCAGAGACCUCCCUGGUAAAGUCCCUGGCUGUGUGCUCGAUUUUAUACACCUGUCAGCAACAGGUGUGGCUGAAAUAGCCGAAUCCACUAAUUUGAAAGGGUGUCCACAUACUCUUGUAUAUAUAGUGUACCUCGCUGGUAAAGUCCUGUGGUGCUGAAACCUGGAGGUCCAGUCCUCCCGUAGUCAUGGCCCAUCAUGGUACCUGUCAGGUGGUCCGAGCUCGUAGUCCAGUCAGAUUGGUCCAGUCAUGGUCAAGUCUGUGGUCAACCUGUAGGGCAAGUCCUGGUAAAGUCGUAGUGGUCCAGUGGUCCAGUCCAUGUGGUCCAUCAGUGGUCAGUCAGUGGUCCUCCUGUAAGUCAGUGUCGUGAGACCUCAGUGGUCCAGUCAGUGGCCCAGUCAGUGGUCCAGUCAGUGGUCCAGUCAGUGGUCCAGUCAGUGGUCCAGUCAGUGGUCCAGUCAGUAGGUCCAGUCAGUGGUCCAGUCAGUGGCCAAGUCAGUGUUCCAGUCAGUCAGUGGUCCAGUCAGUGGUCCAGUCAGUGGUCCAGUCAGGUCCAGUCAGUGGUCCAGUCAGUAGUCCAGUCAGUAGUCCGCAGUGCAGUGGUCCAGUCAGUGCCCAGUCAGUGGUCCAGUCAGUAGUCCAGUCAGUGGUCCAGUCAGUGGCCAGUCAGUAGUCCAGUCAGUGGUCCAGUCAGUAGUCCAGUCAGUGGUCCCAGUCAGUAGUCCAGUCAGUGGUCCAGUCAGUAGUCCAGUCAGUGGUCCAGUCAGUGGUCCAGUCAGUGGUCCAGUCGGUGCAGUGCCAGUCAUGGUCCAGUCAGUGUGUCCAGGUCAGUCAGUGGCCAGUCUCAGUGUGUCCAGUCAGUGUCCAGUCAGUGGUCCAGUCAGUGGUCCAGUCAGGUGGCCCAGUCAGUAGUCCAGUCAGUGGCCCAGUCCAGUGGUCCAGUCAGUGGUCCAGUCAGUCAUGUCCAGUCAGUGCCAGUCAGUCCAGUCAGUGUCCAGUCGUGUCCAGUCAGUGCCAGUCAGUAGUCCAGUCAGUGGCCAGUCAGUGGUCCAGUCAGUGGUCCAGUCAGUAGUCCAGUCAGUAGUCCAGUCAGUAGUCCAGUCAGUAGUCCAGUCAGGUCCAGUCAGUGGUCCAGUCAGUGGUCCAGUCAGUGGUCCAGUCAGUGUCCAGUCAGUAGUCCAGUCAGUAGUCCAGUCAGUAGUCCAGUCAGUCAGUCAUGUCCAGUCAGUGGUCCAGUCAGUGGCCAGUCAGUGGUCCAGUCAGUAGUCCAGUCAGGUCCAGUCAGUGGUCCAGUCAGUAGUCCAGUCAGGUCCAGUCAGUGGUCCAGUCAGUAGUCCAGUCAGGGUCCAGUCAGUGGUCCAGUCAGUGUCCUCAGUCCAGUCAGUGGUCCAGUCAGUAGUCCAGUCAGUGGUCCACAGUGGCGUCAGUGGUCCAGUCAGUGGUCCAUCAGUAGUCCAGUCAGUGGCCAGUCAGUGGUCCAGUCAGUGGCAUCAGUGCCAGUCAGUAGUCCAGUCAGUGGUCCUCAGUAGUCCAGUAAGUGGUCCAGUCAGUGUUCCAGUCAGUAGUCCAGUCAGUGGUCCAGUCAGUGGCCCAGUCAGUGGUCCAGUCAGUGGUCCAGUCAGUGGCCCAGUCAGUGGCCCAGUCAGUAGUGGCCCAGUCAGUAGUCCAGUCAGUGGUCCAGUCAGUGGCCCAGUCAGUAGUCCAGUCAGUAGUCCAGUCAGUAGUCCAGUCAGUAGUCCAGUCAGUAGUCCAGUCAGUGGCCCAGUCAGUAGUCCAGUCAGUGGCCCAGUCAGUAGUCCAGUCAGUGGCCCAGUCAGUAGUCCAGUCAGUGGUCCAGUCAGUAGUCCAGUCAGUGGCCCAGUCAGUGGCCCAGUCAGUAGUCCAGUCAGUAGUCCAGUCAGUGGUCCAGUCAGUAAAUAAUAUAAACUGGGGAGUAAUACAGUGUGUGACUUGGUUUGUUAGUCUGGGCCUCUUUAACGUUUUGGGUCUUCAGCUCUUACUUUAAUGCCAGCCAGUCCCAACAACACACACUUGAAGAGACUCCCAGACAGUGUGCCUUUGGAAAGACCCUUGUCAACCUGGAAUAGUAUUAAAUCGUCAUCACAUACAGUGCAUUAUAUACAGUGGCAUUCGGAAAGUAUUCAGACCCCUUAACGUUUUCCACAUUUUGUUACGUUACAGCCUUAUUCUAAAAUGGAUUAAAUUAUUGUUUUUUCCCCUCAUCAAUACCCCAUAAUGACAAAGCAAAAACAGGUUUGUAGAAAUUUUUGCAAAUUUAUAAAAAAUAAACAAUGGAAAUAUCACAUUUACAUAGAUAUUCAGACCCUUUACUCAGUACUUUCUUGAAGCACCUUCGGCAGCGAUUGCAGCCUCGAGUCUUCUUGGGUAUGACGCUACAAGCUUGGCACACCUGUAUUUGGGGAGCUUCUCCCAUUCUUCUCUGCAGAUCCUUUCAAGCUCUGUCAGGUUGGAUGGGGAGCUUCGCUGCACAGCUAUUUUCAGGUCUCUCCAGAGAUGUUCGAUCGGAUUCAAGUCCGGGCUCUGGCUGGGCCACUCAAGGAUAUUCAGAGACUUGUCCCGAAGCCACUCCUGCGUUGUCUUGGCUGUGUGCUUAGGGUCGUCGUCCUGUUGGAAGGUGAACCUUCGCCCCAGUCUGAGGUACUGAGCACUCUGGAGCAGGUUUUCAUCAAGGAUCUCUCUGUACUUUGCUCCAUUCAUCUUUCCCUCGAUCCUGACUAGUCUCCCAGUCCCUGCUGCUGAAAAACAUCCUCACAGCAUGAUGUUGCCACCCCCAUGCUUCACCGUAGGGAUGGUGCCAGAUUUCCUCCAGACGUGACGCUUGGCUUUCAGGCCAAAGAGUUCAAUCUUGGUUUCAUCAGACCAGAGAAUCUUGUUUCUCAUUAUGUGAGAGUCCUUUAGGUGCCUUUUGGCAAACUCCAAGCGUGCUGUCAUGUGCAUUUUACUGAGGAGUGGCUUCCGUCUGGCCACUCUACCAUAAAGGCCUGAUUGGUGGAGUGCUGCAGAGAUUGUUGUCCUUCUGGAAGGUUCUCCCAUCUCCACAGAGGAACUUGGGAGCUCUGUCAGAGUGACCAUUGGGUUCUUGGUCACCUCCCUGACCAAUGCCCUUCUCCCUCGAUUGCUCAGUUUGGCCGGACGGCCAGCUCUAGGAAGAGUCUUGGUGGUUCCAAACUUCUUCCACUGUGUUCUUGGGGACCUUCAAUGCUGCAGAUAUUUUUUGGUACCCUUCCCCAGAUCUGUGCCUCGACACAAUCCUAUCUCAGAGCUCUAUGGACAAUUCUUUCGACCUCAUGGCUUGGUUUUUGCUCUGACAUGCACUGUCAACUGUGGGACCUUAUAUAGACAGGUGUGUGCCUUUCCAAAUCAUGUCCAAUCAAUUGAAUUUACCACAGGUGGACUCCAGUCAAGUUGUAGAAACAUCUCAAGGAUGAUCAAUGGAAACAGGAUGCACCUGAGCUCAAUUUAGAGUCUCAUAGCAAAGGGUCUGAAUACUUAUGUAAACAUUUCUAAAAACCUGUUUUCGCUUUUUCAUUAUGUGGUAUUGUGUGUAGAUUGAUGAGAAAAAAAAUAUAUUGAAUCCAUUUUAGAAUAAGGCUGUAACGUAACAAAACGUGGAGAAAGGGAGAAUGCACUGUAGAUACAUCUCUGUUACCUGUCCUGUGCUCAACCAAGUCUCUCUCUCUGUCCUCUCUCUCUCUGUCCUCUCUCUCUCUCUGUCCUCUCUCUCUCUGUCCUCUCUCUCUCUGUCCUCUCUCUCUCUCUGUCCUCUCUCUCCCUGUCCCCUCUCUCUGUCCCCUCUCUCUCCUCUCUCCUCUCUGUCCUCUCUCUCUCUCUCUCGUCCUCUCUCUCUCUGUCCUCUGCUCUCUCUCUGUCCUCUUUCCUCUCUCUGUCCUCUCUCUCUAUGUCAUCUCUCUCUCUGUCCUCUCUCUCUCUUCCUCUCUCUUCUGGUCGCUCUCUCUCUGCGUGCUGUCUCUCUCUCGGUCCUCGCUCUCUCUGUCUCUCUCUCUCUCUCUGUCCCCUCUCCUGUCCCUCUCUCCUCUCUCUCUCUGUCCCCCAUCUCUCUCUCUCUCUCUCUGCUCUCUCUCGUCCCCUCUCUCUCGUCUCUCUUCUCUGUCCCCUCCUCUCUCUGUCCCCUCUCUCUCUCUGUCCUCUCUCUUCUCUCUCUUUCCCUCUCUCUCCUCUGUCCUCUCUCUCUCUCUUCCCCUCGUCUCUGCUCUCUUCCUCUCUCUUCCUCCCUCUCUCUCUCUUUCUGUCUCUCCUUCUCUGUCCCUUCUCUCUCCUCUCUUCUCUCUUCCCCUCUCUCUCUCUCUCUCUCUGUCUCUGUCCCCUCUCUCUCUCUCUCUGUCCCCUCUCUCUCUGUCUGUCCGUUCCAGGCGUGAACCCUAAGACCAGCAGCAGCAGCUUUCUGACAGGCCUGCAGCAGUGUGGAAGGAGUGUGUGGGCCAACUCCUCUUUAACCAGGGCACAGGGAGCAGGACUGCCACUUAACAAGGGUGAUUACUCCUUUAUUACACGUAUACAGUCAAAUCUCGUUCAAGUCCAUCUUUAAUGUCCCAGUAGGGAGUUUACAAAAGAUACUAUAUAGUUACACCUGACAAGGACGUACCGUACGUUAGGGUGUCCAAUUAAAAACGCAUCUUCUGACCAACGUCUCUAUCAUAAUCCGUUCAAAGGUUAUUUUUUUAUUUUUAUUUACCCUUGUAGGAUGGCCAGAAUUAGGGUGACUAACUCAAUGGAGGCCAGAUAGAUAAAGUGGUCAAAACAUCAUGAGAUUUACACCGCACUACAUCAGCUGGGCUGGAGGCUGUGAGAGAAUGAAGGCUAACUGACAUGCUCACCGUUGAACUAGUCAUCUCUCUUCUAGAAUCCACCAGACAUAAAACAAUACAGAGGUCAGAUAGAUAUCGAUUUAGAGACGUUACAUGUAGUUUCAUAUUUUAGUAUACACUUUUCAGAUUCAAUUCAAAUCAAAUGAAGUUGUAUUUGUCACAUGCGCCGAAUACAACAGGUGUAGACAUUACCGUGAAAUGCUUACUGACAAGCCCUUAACCAACAAUGCAGUUUUAAGAAAAAUAAGUGUUGAGUAAAAAAUAGAUAAGUAAAAAUUUUAAAAAACGAAUAAUUAAAGAGCAGCAGUAAAAUAACAGUAGGGAGGCUAUAUACAGGGGGUACCGGUACAGAGUCAAUGGGAAAUAACAGUAGGGAGGCUAUAUACAGGGGGUACCGGUACAGAGUCAAUGGGAAAUAACAGUAGGGAGGCUAUAUACAGGGGGUACCGGUACAGAGUCAAUGGGAAAUAACAGUAGGGAGGCUAUAUACAGGGGGUACCGGUACAGAGUCAAUGGGAAAUAACAGUAGGGAGGCUAUAUACAGGGGGGUACCGGUACAGAGUCAAUGGGAAAUAACAGUAGGGAGGCUAUAUACAGGGGGUACCGGUACAGAGUCAAUGGGAAAUAACAGUAGGGAGGCUAUAUACAGGGGGGUACCGGUACAGAGUCAAUGGGAAAUAACAGUAGGGAGGCUAUAUACAGGGGGUACCGGUACAGAGUCAAUGGGAAAUAACAGUAGGGAGGCUAUAUACAGGGGGGUACCGGUACAGAGUCAAUGGGAAAUAACAGUAGGGAGGCUAUAUACAGGGGGUACCGGUACAGAGUCAAUGGGAAAUAACAGUAGGGAGGCUAUAUACAGGGGGGUACCGGUACAGAGUCAAUGUGCGGGGGCACCGGUUAGUCAAAGAUUUCUCACGAAAACAAGCGUAUCUCUGUGAAAUGUCAACGGAGCACUGAGUUUAUACCAAGCUUUUUAUUUUCAAAGCCUUUUACAUUUAAUUCAGCUCGUGUCAUGCAAAUGUUGUUUUUUACGACCCGCGGAUGCAACUCUGAAGUUGACGACCACAAAAUUUAAAAUCCUCCAAAGCUAUGUUUGGAGAGCUCCUUGGUCUUCAUGGUGCCGCUUGCUUGGUGGUGCCCCUUGCUUAGUGGUGUUGCAGACUCUGGGGCCUUUCAGAACAGGUGUAUAUAUACUGAGAUCAUGUGACAGAUCAUGUGACACUUAGAUUGCACACAGGUGGACUUUAUUUAACUAAUUAUGUGACUUCUGAAGGUAAUUGGUUGCACCAGAUCUUAUUUAGGGGCUUCAUAGCAAAGGGGGUGAAUACAUAUGCACGCACCACUUUUCCAUUAUUUAUUUUGUAGAAUUCUUUGAAACAAGUUAUUUAUUUCAUUUCACUUCACCAAUUUGGACUAUUUUGUGUAUGUUCAUUACAUGAAAUCCAAAUAAAAAUCAAUUUAAAUUACAGGUUGUAAUGCAACAAAAUAGGAAAAACGGUAAGGGGGCUGAAUACUUUUGCAAGGCAUUGUAUUUACCCUAUAGGCCUUAUUCCCUUUAUAGUGCACUGCUUUUGAGCAGAACCCCAUGGGCCCUGGGUCACUAUCACCUAUCACUAACUAUCCUCACUAUCACCUAUCACUAACGCUCCUCUCCUCACUAUCACUAACUAUCCUCACUAUCACCUAUCACUAACUAUCCUCACUAUCACCUAUCACUAACUAUCCUCACUAUCACCUAUCCUACUAUCCCACUAUCACCUAUCACUACUAUCCUCUCUCAUAUCACCUAUCACUAACUAUCCUCUCCUCACUAUCACCUAUCUACUACCUCUCCUCCUAUCACCUAUCACUAACUAUCCUCACUAUCACCUAUCACUAACUAUCCUCACUAUCACCUAUCACUAACUAUCCUCUCCUCACUAUCACCUAUCACUAACUAUCCUCACUAUCACCUAUCACUAACUAUCCUCACUAUCACCUAUCACUAACUAUCCUCUCCUCACUAUCACCUAUCCUAACUCGCCACUCCUCACUACACCAUCACUAACUCCGCCUCUCCCACUAUCACCUAUCACUAACUCUCCUCUCCUCACUAUCACCUAUCACUAACUCUCCUCUCCUCACUAUCACCUAUCACUAACGCUCCUCUCCUCACUAUCACCUAUAACUAAACGAGCCUCUCCUCACUAUCACCUAUCACUAACUCUCCUCUCCUCACUAUCACCUAUCACUAACUCCCCUCACUAUCACCUAUCACUAACGCGCAUCUCCUCCACGAUCACCUAUCACUAACUAUCCUCCACUAUCAACCUAUCACUAACUAUCCCUCCUCACUAUCACCUAUCACUCAACUAUCGCUCACUAAUCACCAUAUCACUAACUAAGCCUCACUAUACCUAUCACUAAACUAUCCUCUCCUCACUAUCACCUAUCACUAACUAAUCCUCUCCUUCACUAUCACCUAGCAACGAACUAUCCCUCCUCCACUAUCACCUAUCACUACCUAUCCUCACUAUCAACCUAUACACGAACUAUCCCUCACCUAUCACCUAUCAACUAACUAUCCUCUCCUCACGAUCACCUUCACUAACCCUUCACUAUCACCUAUCACUAACUAUCCUCACUAUCACCUAUCACUAACUAUCCUCUCCUCACUAUCACCUAUCACUAACUAUCCCUCCUCCUAUCACCUAUCACUAACCUCUCCUCUCCGCACUACAACCUAUCACUAACUCUCCUCUCCUCACUAUCACCUAUCACUAACUCUCCUCUCCUCACUAUCACCUAUCACUAACGCUCCUCUCCUCACUAUCACCUAUCACUAACUCUCCUCUCCUCACUAUCACCUAUCACUAACUCUCCUCUCCUCACUAUCACCUAUCACUAACGCUCCUCUCCUCACUAUCACCUAUCACUAACUCUCCUCACUAUCACCUAUCACUAACGCUCCUCUCCUCACUAUCACAUAUCACUAACUCUCCUCUCCUCACGAUCACCUAUCACUAACGCUCCUCUCCUCACUAUCACCUAUCAUUAACUCUCCUCUCUCUCUCUCUCUCUACUCACUGUUCUUCUCCAUGUCUCUGUCAUUGUGUUGUGGGGACAGAGGGCAGUCUUCCUAAACUAACUGAUAAACUACUACCUCUUAAAGAAAAUAUUAUUGUAGUGAAAUUGGAGCAAUUUAGUGAAUAAUAUUAUCAUCAGUGGCGUGUAUUCAUGGAUGCCGAGGGAAGCCAGGCUUCCCCAAAUAUUUUACCAAUAAAAAUUAUAAAACAAUUUCUCUUUCAUCUCUCUGUUUUCAUAAUCAUAGUCCCCUGUAGCUCAGUUGGUAGAGCAUGGUGCUUGCAACGCCAGGGUUGUGGGUUCGUUUCCCACGGGGGGCCAGUAUGAAAAUGUAUGCACUCACUAACUGUAAGUCGCUCUGGAUAAGAGCGUCUGCUAAAUAACUAUAAAUGUAAAAAUAAUCACCCGAGAAAUCAUCCGAGCGAGAGAAACAGCGCCCCUCUGUCUCACUAUGUGUAGCCCAUGUAUCUGAUGCUGUCUGGACAAAAAGAGUAUGACAUGUUGCCGCAGUAGCAUUUGAUUGAUUGAUUGAUGCCAGCGAGCAUUUGGCCUCCCUUGAUAAAUUUGUUAUAAAAAUAAUUAGGCAAUCAGCGUUGGCUAAUUAUUGUGGGUAGUCCUGGUGCAGCACCCCCCAAGGGAGGCCAGUUUGGAUUUGGCUUCACACCAAUCAAAUCACAUCAAAAGCAAAAAGGUUUCUGGUCUGCUUGUGUUUUUGUCCUGCAGUAGCUAGCUUGCUAAAUCGUCCCUUUCCAAAGCCAUGGAUGGGGAUUUGGACUUGUGGUUUUGACUGAAUUCUCCGUACAGGCCAAUGAUUAUAACGCUGAUUCUGAUCUAACCAUAAAUUCAUAUAUUGUGCCACUGGCCUGAGACAAUUGAAGUUCAAUAUGUAGCCUAGAUGUAACCUAGUAGGCUCGCAUUAGCUAGCUAGCUUCGCCGGAUCAUUGUUGCCCAUGUGAGGAAGUUAGGCUAGCAAGCCUUUUAGCCAGGCAGCCUAUGACAACAACAACUUUAAGUGUGUACUACUGUAUAUCUGAGUCAUGGGCUGUUUUGCCAACAUUUUUAUUUAUUUAUUUUUUAUUUCACCUUUAUUUAACCAGGUAAGCCAGUUGAGAACAAGUUCUCAUUUACAACUGCGACCUGGCCAAGAUAAAGCAAAGCAGUGCGAUAAAAACAACAACAGAGUUACAUAUGGAAUAAACAAAACAUAAAGUCAAAAAUACAACAGAAAAUAUAUAUACAGUGUGUGCGAAUGUAGCAAGUUAUGGAGGUAAGGCAAUAAAUAGGCCAUAGUGCAAAAUAAUUACAAUUUAGUAUUAACACUGGAAUGAUAGAUGUGCAAGAGAUGAUGUGCAAAUAGAGAUACUGGGGUGCAAAUGAGCAAAAUAAAUAACAAUGUAAAUAACAAUAUGGGGAUGAGGUAGUUGGGUGGGCUAAUUUCAGAUGGGCUGUGUACAGGUGCAGUGAUCGGUAAGCUGCUCUGACAACUGAUGCUUAAAGUUAGUGAGGGAGAUAAGAGUCUCCAGCUUCAGAGAUUUCUGCAGUUCGUUCCAUGAAAGAGGGGAGGAUGGCAUUAGCGUUCAACUAGUUAUAUAUAUUUUUUCACACACACACAGAGGCACAGAAAUCUGUUCCAUGGACAGCCACAUGUUAUUUAGCAACAUUUGAUUGGACUAAAUCGUUUUGGGAAUCUUUAAGUUUGUUUUCACUGUAUUAGACUAAGCCUAUUUAGCCUUGUUGAUUUGAUGAUAUAUCUGUCUCCUCUAAUGUUUAAGUUGAAUUGGUGCUGGAAUAGCGGACAAAGUGCUCCUGUUUACUUUGUGCUGACUUGUGGUAACUCGAUGGUUCUAAAUUAGUAGAUUAGUAAACUGUUGAAAACAUUAACUUGCUUGGCCAAUACUGCAGGUGAUAGAACUGUUGGUUACAUGCAAUAUUUGCUUUGUGGACUUCACCAGAUGUUGCUUUCCGGUUUUGUGAUGAAACAAACGUACGUGUAGUUGAAUUUAUUCCGCCACUGUGUGACUGUUGUCUUUCUGUUAUCACGGCCUUAUUGUUUAUCACGGAUGGGUUAUAGAGUAAACAACACAAUUAUCACAAUAUAAGUUGUAAUAUGGCUUUUUUCCCUGGCUUGGCUUCCUCAGUGAUUUUACCCACACACCGCUACCGAAUCGUUAAUCUCAUAUGGACUAUUUAGUGAAUAGUUCAUCUCAUAUAGACUAUUUAGUGAAUAGUUCAUCUCAUAUAGACUAUUUAGUGAAUAGUUCAUCUCAUAUAGACUAUUUAGUUAAUAGUAAUCUCAUAUAGACUAUUUAGUGAAUAGAUCUCAUAUAGACUAUUUAGUGAAUAGUUCAUCUUUCGUGGACAGACAUAGUUUACGUGAGAUUUUAGUUCUGCUUGUUGAUUAGUGAAUAGUUAAUCUCAUGUAGACUAUUUAGAUUAGUGAAUAGUUAAUCUCAUGUAGACUAUUUAGAUUAGUGAAUAGUUAAUCUCAUGUAGACUAUUUAGAUUAGUGAAUAGUUAAUCUCAUAUAGACUAUUUAGAUUAGUGAAUAGUUAAUCUCAUGUAGACUUUAAAUUAGUGAAUAGUUAAUCUCAUAUAGACUAUUUAGUGAAUAGUUCAUCUCAUAUAGACUAUUUAGUGAAUAGUUCAUCUCAUAUAGACUAUUUAGUGAAUAGUUCAUCUCAUAUAGACUAUUUAGUGAAUAGUUCAUCUCAUAUAGACUAUUUAGUGAAUAGUUCAUCUCAUAUAGACUAUUUAGUGAAUAGUUCAUCUCAUAUAGACUAUUUAGUGAAUAGUUCAUCUCAUAUAGACUAUUUAGUGAAUAGUUCAUCUCAUAUAGACUAUUUAGAUUAGUGAAUAGUUCAUCUCAUAUAGACUAUUUAGAUUAGUGAAUAGUUAAUCUCAUGUAGACUUUAAAUUAGUGAAUAGUUAAUCUCUGAUUUGAGACAUAAAGGAAUAGGAAUAGCUAACUGUAAUAUUCUUGCUGUUUGGUUUAUUGAUGUUAAAGAGUGUUAUUUAUUUCCAGAUAACUUCCUGAGUAACACCUACAACCCUGGCAGCAGUAGCAGUUACACGUCAUCGUUUCAGAAGGAGAUGGGAUCAGCUGGACACAGGACCCACCACCUAGCAGCCAUAGGAGGCAACUCUGCUAGUGAGUCUCAUCCCAGCAGACAACACACACACACACACACACACACCAUAGUCAUUCACCCUUCAGAUGGUUUCUGUGCCAUUUAUUUCCAGUAUUCAAUAAAACACAUCGUCUUUCUUCCAUGUCUUUUGUUUCCUUAACCCCCUCUGUGUUUCUCAACUCUUCUCCUAGCUGACCUGUCUUCUCCUAGCUGA